GCGGCUGCGACUCGGGCAGCGCUUCCUCGCCCCAGCGGCGUUCCCUGCGCGGCGCGGUUGCCUCCGUCGUCGAGGCGUGCGCACGUGUGCAGCUUCGCGGUCUGCGGGACUUUUGUGUUUUUUAACGUUCGGAGGAAAGGAGAACUAUAAAGGCUCCGGGUGGCCGUGCGACAUGCCCGGCUGCAGCCCUCGAGGCUGCGGUGGGAGUCCCCGUGCCUGUACUCUGAGAAGACCCCGAGGGGCCCUUCGUCCGCUGUCCCCGCAGAGUAGUGGGGCAUUUCUCUGCCGGGGAGGAAGGGAGAUCUUCGGAUGUCUUCGGAGCGUUCGGCCCCUGCGGACUUUGGGGGGGGUUCUGCGCUUUGCCCCGCUCCGCCUCCGAGCAUCGCAUUGGGGACGGACACCGCGUGUGCCCCCACGCGCGACACCCACGGUGGUUGAUCGGCAGUUGUAUUUGGGGGGUUUUAGUUUGAAAUUUUUUCUCGGCAUCGCGUAGAACGUCCAUUCCAGGCAGAUGUGCGCCGGGGUCAGCAGCGGCGGGGAUGGAUGGCGAUCGUUUCAAAGUUUCUGCGUGUUUUCUCUGCGUGGGCCGGCCGCUUUUGUGUGAGCGGCCUUGGCACGGCGGGGCUCCCGAGCCCGGUGGAAGGAGUCACGGAUGCGCCGGGCUCCCCGGGGUCGGUGAACGCGAGCGGUUAAGGCUGACGCUUGCCGGCAGGAGGCAUGUAUGUAAAAGCCAAAAACCUGCUGUGAAUGUGUAACUGGGUAAAAGGGUUGCGAAAUGCCCACGGCAGCCCUUGAGGCUGUCACGAUGGGAAGCCGAUGCGCCCGGAUGAGCAGCCGUCCCGAAGUGCGGAUCCUGGCUGGGGGAACCACGCGAACCGCGCGGCUGUUUCACCCGCGGUAUCUCGGGCCACAAACCAUGUGUCUGCUUUGCUCCUGCCAGGAUGCGCCGACCUCAGAGGAACUGGAACAGUUCGCCAAGGACCUCAAGCACAAGCGCAUCAUGCUGGGCUUCACGCAGGCUGACGUGGGGCUGGCUCUGGGCACGCUCUAUGGGAAGAUGUUCAGCCAGACCACCAUCUGCCGCUUCGAAGCUCUCCAGCUCAGCUUUAAGAACAUGUGCAAGCUGAAGCCGCUGUUGCAGCGUUGGCUCAACGAGGCAGAGAACACGGACAACAUGCAGGAGAUGUGCAAUGCAGAGCAAGUGCUGGCCCAAGCCCGGAAGAGAAAACGUAGGACCAGCAUUGAGACCAACGUGAAGGGAACACUGGAGAGCUUCUUCCGCAAAUGCGUGAAGCCCAGUCCUCAGGAGAUCUCCCAGAUUGCUGAGGACCUCAACCUGGACAAAGACGUUGUCCGGGUCUGGUUCUGCAACCGGCGUCAGAAAGGCAAGCGGCUGCUGCUGCCCUUUGGCAACGAGUCAGAGGGGGUGAUGUACGACAUGAACCAGUCCCUGGUGCCCCCUGGUCUGCCCAUCCCAGUGACAUCCCAGGGCUACAGCCUGGCACUCCCCCCCGUCUACAUGCCACCUUUCCACAAGGCUGAG